CCAAGUAUCAAGAAGAAGACGUGUUGUUGGUGAGACCAAUUGGGUAAAGCACAUCGAGUGGUACUGGCAGAAGUAACAGGGGGAGACUGCACGAGAACAGAUCAUGCGGGCGUCUCUCCGCCCGGUUUUGCUCUCCAAAGUGAUGCAGGAAUAGGUGGGGUCGGGUCGGGUCACCGUACCGGCGACUGCGGAUCGAUCUCGGCCGACAACAAGGACGGUGACAGCCGCAUUUGCCCGGCACGCCCGUAUCCCUCCUGUGUUAAAGCCUGCAGCUCAGCUCCUUCUCCACUUCUCUGUUCUUUAUAUUUGUUCUCCUAAAGUACACGAGAUUUGAAAUGACAGAAGCAAAAAAAUACCUUAAAAACUUGGAUUUAGUGACUCUGCUUAUGAUAAGAUAUUAUGAUUGAUGAAAUCCGGAGUAGAUUUCUCUUGCAUGAAAAUAGAAGCGGUAGUUCCCAUUCUGACCCUCUCAGCCUCUGCCUCCUAUAAAUACUCUGCUCCUCUUCCCCAACUCUCCACGACUACGUCUAUCCUCUGAGCUCCUGUCAUUUUCAGUCUUCGUAGAGAACGAGUGUGCUCAAGGAUGUACUACCAGGCGGCAGCGGCAGCGGAGGCGUGGGGUUACGUGGCUGGGAUGGGGCCGACGACGACGAUGGACGCGUUGGAGCGGGUGGACCGGCUGGCGGCGGAGAGCGCGGUGGUGAUCUUCAGCGUGAGCACCUGCUGCAUGUGCCACGCCCUGAAGCGGCUCUUCUGCGGCAUGGGGGUGAGCCCGUCGGUGGUGGAGCUGGACGAGGACCCGCGCGGGCGGGAGAUGGAGCGCGCCCUCGCCCGCCUCCUCGGCGGUGGUGCAGCCGGCGGGCCCGCCGUACCGGUGGUAUUCAUCGGCGGGAAGCUGGUUGGGGCCAUGGACCGGGUCAUGGCCGCCCACAUAAGCGGCGCCCUCGUCCCCCUCCUCAAACAAGCCGGCGCUCUCUGGCUCUGAAGCAUGCGCAUGGCAAACCCACCAUAUCUAAUAUGAGAGAGAGAGAGAGAGAGAGAGGUUGGUUUUUGGGGUCCUCCAUUUUGGUGCAGUUCUUAAUGGGAUGCAUGGUGGUGACGAAGAAAGGAGUGCAACUUUGGUUGAGGAUGGAAGAUUACAUGUACAGAAAGAUCUUAAAGGCUAAGCCAAAAAGCCGAGAGAAGAUAGCUGGUUUGGUUUUUCUUAGGUGUUCUUCCAAGUGCAGUACUUGUUGUCAUCAAUCAUGCUCUUCUCCUAGAUGAAUCAUUUGAA